UUGGCUAGAAUUUUCAGAGUUGAACCAAAGCAAGAGUUGGACAGAUUUGGCGAGUAUUUGCGCGGUGAUUACGAUAAAAAAGAGGAACCGACGAUCGAAAAAGAGAAGCCCAAUUUUGAGCCAAGUGGAAAAUUGGCAGAAGAUACAAAUACAUUUCGAGGGGUUGUGAUCAAAUACAACGAACCACCGGAUGCACAUAUGCCAAAAAUACGAUGGAGACUUUACCCUUUUAAGGGCGAUGAAGCAUUACCAGUACUCUACAUCCAUCGGCAAUCUGCCUAUCUAAUUGGGCGUGAGCGUAAAAUCGCGGAUCUUCCGAUGGAUCAUCCAAGUUGCUCGAAACAGCAUGCAGUGUUGCAGUAUCGUAUUGUAUCAGUUGAUUUAAAAGAUGGCACCACCGUAAAGCGCAUCCGGCCAUACAUCAUAGAUCUGGGUUCUACGAACGGAACUUAUUUGAAUAAUGAACGUAUCGAAGCGCAAAGAUUCGUGGAACUGCGUGAGAAGGACGUGCUAAAGUUUGGGUACAGUACACGGGAGUUUGUGUUACUUCAUGAAAAAUCAUCUGAAGACAGCGACAACGAAGAAAAAGAAAGAAAAAGUAAGAAAGAGAUGAAGGAGGAAGUCAAAGAGGAACCUCUCUCACCAUCUUAG